CAGGGUGUGGCAUGAGGAGCAGUUACAGAGCUGUGUGUUUCUCUCCUCUUGCUGAAAACGUGUAAAUGAGAGAUAACCACGUUCUUCUGAUUAAAGCCCAUAUAACUCCUGAACUGCAUCCGUAAUUCUCUAACCGGAGUCACCGGCUCUAAUCUGCGCACCCGUGGAGAUCCAAACUCUCCAUUACACUGGUCCUUUGAGCCGAGUAGAACUCCUCCACGACACUAUGGAUUCAGCAGAGCCAGGCGUUACUUCUGCUACCCAGGACGCCCCAGAGAGAGCGGCAUCCACCCCGCUACCUGAGUGACUACCUGGUGGGCUCUGUUCCUCAACUAGAUGAACCUCCAAAUAAUCUAGCUCAUCCAUCAGGGCAACGGGCUAGCAAUUCGAGUUCCUCCUCUGUGAGGAGCAAGCACAUGUCACACACAUCCAGAUGCCGACCUCGUGGGUCACAGGCGUCACCUGAAGGUAGUGGGACGUCACGCCACUCUACAAGACUGUCUACCUUCAAGGCUGGUUCAGGUUCCUAUCCGAGCUCCUUUCGCUCAGCAGCGAGUAUACACCCCAGAUAUGCUCUGUCGCCGGUUCAGGAAGCAAUACUACAGGAGAGCAUCCACCGCUUGGAGCUUGUAGAAUUGCAGAGCCAAAUCAUAGAGGACAGCAACGCUGACCUGGAGUAUCAAUGCCUAAACACUCAAGCUAGGGAAGCCCAACGCUUACAGCAGGAAGCACAAGAAGCACGGGAAGCCAUUGCUAAACGUCUCGACAGGCAGGGACGGCUCAAAAAGAAGGAGAAAGAAUUCCAGGUAGCCAAGCUGGUUACCUCCCUACUUCAAGAGCCAGAGGGGAAAGGGACUCGUAGUGGCACGGCGUCACCCAGGAGCUGCCAGUCUUCACCAGCUCUGGUUGCUCCACUCCCUGUCAACUAUAAAAGCGCAGUCCACUAUUCUUCUGCCCCUCAUUUAUAUGCUUCGUCACCUAAUCACGAUGCAAUAGGUGACUUGCCCAGUAAUUUCCCUUACUCACAGCCCUCUCGAACUAGAAUACCUGAUCAUGACACUUCCAUGCCCACGUCUUCAUACGUGGGACCCUCACUACCACCGCCUCUCUUCGAGCAUCCCCCUGCGCCACAGAACAUGCAGCCUCCACCAGCUCAACCAGUGAUGCAACACCCAUUCCCUCAACCUGCUGGCGUCUCUCCUGCAAUGCAUCCACCAUCGCAGGUGACUCUUCCUGCUGCAGCCACCACAGCAUUUCACCCAGCUCGCACCAUGCCUGCUCACUCUGAGCUCCCUAUCAUGUCACACCAAGCCUCUGCAGUUCCUACUGCUAUUCAAGGCCCACAAUAUUUCGCAGCAGGACCACAUUUUACUACCAGUUCUGCUCACCCAUACCAGCACAUGAACUCUGCUGCAAACCCCAUGGUCCCCAUUCAACCUUCACUCCCACCAGAGCAUCUAGGCUCAGGCACCAUGAGUACCUCUCUUUAUGGUAUUCCUCAGCCAAUUCUCCCAGUAUUUGAACGUGACCGUGAGCGUGACUCUGCCCUUCUCAAAAUGGCCCUGGAUAACUUGAUGGGCAGCCAUGGACACCUGACUGAACAAUAUAAAUAUCAGGUGCUUCUGGGCCACCUGAAGCUGCCUAGUGCUCUACACCUGGCAAAGGCUUACAUGUAUGACACCCGGCCUUACACUGCAGCUUUACAGGCCUCGCAGGAUAAAUACGGUCAACCCCGGCAGCUCGUCCAGUCAGAACUAGGCGCCAUCCUCAACUCACCUGCUAUCAAGUUUGGUGACUCUGAGGCCUUUGAAUCAUUUGCCCUCUGUUCAAUCUCUACUAGGCAUGCUUGGGACACUUGAAGGACCAAAUGGAUUCGAGCUGAGGUGUGGAUCCCACGUGGAUCGCCUUCUGAGCAAGAUGCCACCAUCUUUCAGGGAUGGUUUCAUUGAACAUUGUCUUUACUUAUCCUAAGUAAAGGUGACCAGGCUUUGGAAACCUACGCAGUCUUGGAUGAUGGCUCAGAAUGAAGCAUCAUUCUCCCUCAAGCAGUGCAGCAACUGAAUUUUUGUGGCCGACCAGAGACCCUCUACCUACAGACCAUCCAGCAGAAUGUCGAACAGCUCCAGGGCAGUUCUGUAUCGUUUGACCUUUCUCCAAAGUACAUGCCCUCCCAGAGGUACCGGAUCCACAAGGCCUUCACUGCCGAAGGUCUGAAUCUUGCCGAAUACUCCUACCCAGUGGCUGCACUCCAGCAAAGAUAUAAACACCUCAGAGGCCUGCCCUAACAGCCAGUUGACCAUGUUCGUCCAAUGCUCCUUAUAGGUUCAGAUAUGCCACAUCUCUUGGUUCCCAUAAAGCCAGUUCGUGCAGGACCCCCAGGUGGUCCUAUUGGUGUCUGUACCCAACUAGGUUGGUCGCUCCAGGGUUCUACCAGUCUAGCCCAGCCUACCUAGACCUCACAAUGUCUCCGCAUCUCCACUGUUUCCCCUGCUACUGAGCUCUUUAUGAACACUGAGCGCCUCUGGCAAGUUGACACGCUCCCUUAUGGAAACAGGAAGGCAGUCACCCGCUCCAAGCAGGACCAGCAAGCCGUUGCCAUGCUCCAAGCAUCCACCACCAGGGUCGAGGUUGAGGGCGUCCAACGGUAUGCUACCCCCUUACUCAGCCGAGCUAAGGCUACUCCACGCAAUGAAGGAAACAGUGCUGCCCUGUCUUUGUAGCAUCGAGCAAAGACUUGCCAAGGACCCGAAAAGAGCAGAAGUCUACUGCAAGGAAAUAUGGAAACUGGAAGAGAAUGGUUAUGUGGCUAAGGUACCACCAGAAGAGGCUAAUCAGACUGCCGAGUCCUGGUACAUUCCUCACCAUAUGGUGAACCAUAAUGGUAAGGACCGGAUAGUCUUUAAUUGUUCGUUCCAACACCAAGGUCAGUCCUUGAACAAACUUCUUCUCCCUGGACACCCACUUGGACCUACUCUGCUAGGCAUUCUCCUCAGGUUCCGUCAACAUGCUGUGGCAGUGAGCGGAGAUAUUAAGAGCAUGUUCCACCAAAUCUGCCUUUUACCCGCUGACAAGCCAGUGCUAUGUUUCAUCUGGAGGAACAUGGAGAGAGAGCAGGAGCCGACUAUGAGUGGCAGGUCCUUCCAUUUGGGACGACAUGUAGUCCCUGCUGUGCCAUCUACGCUCUCCAGCAGCACAUUCGAGAUAGUGCAGAGUGCCAGCUUGGGUUGGCAGAGACAAUUGAGCAGUCCUAUGUGGACAAUUGUCUGUACAGUGCAUCCUCUGCUGAAGAGGCCAAGAGCCUGGUUGAUGACCUAUGCCAGCACCUAUGCACUGGAGGGUUUGAGGUCUGCCAAUGGGCAAGAAAUGUUCCUACGGUCAUCGAGCACCUCCCACCUGAGGCAUGUUCUGAAAGCAGCGAGCUGUGGCUCUCUAAGAGCAGUACUGAUCUUCAGGAGCCUACUCUGGGCCUACGUUGGAACUGCCUGAAUGAUUCCUUGGGGUAUAAGCAUCGCCCUUCGGAGGCAUCAGUGCCUACACCGAGGAGCCUUUACCAUGUACUCGCCUGUCAGUACGACCCCUUGGGGUACACUGUUCCAUUUACCACCAGGGCUAAAGUCCUGAUCCAAGACCUGUGGAAGGAGAGGAUUGGAUGGGACGAUCCAGUUUGACCUCAAUCUCUGCUGGACAGAUGGCGUACUUGGGAACAGGAACUUCUGCACCUCAUCCACCUAGAGUUCCCGUGAGAGCAUGUACCGCCGAAUAGACACCUGCAUGGUCACCAGGGAGCUCCAUAUCUUUUGUGAUGCGUCAGAACGAGCAUACAGCUCUGUUGCCUACAUGCGGACCUUAAAUGACCACCUACAAGUUCACGUUUCUUUUGUGCUUGCCAGGUCUCGAGUAGCCCCAAAGAAGCAAUUGUCAAUGCCCCACCUUGAGUUGAGUGCUGCCCUAACUGGUGCACAGCUUGCCAAUGUUCUCCAGGCGGAGCUCACUGUGCCCAUCCAUCCAAUCGUUCUGUGGUCUGACUCCACCGCAGUACUCUACUGGAUCAAGUCAGAGUGCUGCAGGUACAAGGUCUUUGUUGGCACAAGAGUCGUGGAGAUCCAGAACCUGACUGAGCCUGAUAGCUGGAGGUAUGUGACUUCACCAACCCGGCAGACGACAUAACUCGUGGUUUACUCCUGGUUGAGCUGGCAAGCCCACAUCGAUAGUCAAGGUCCAGAGUUUCUCCAGUUACCUGAGGAUGAUUGGCCCACCAUGCCAUUCCCCAAUCCUGAGUCUGAUGACAGCAAGCUACAGAAGUCUGCUAUGGUUGGGAAUUUGACUAAUCUUACCUGAUCCUCAGCUCCCAGCUGUCGAAGAUUUUUCCACAUGGAAAGAUCUCAUUGAAGUCACAGCCAGGUCCCUUGACGGGGCAGCCAAUCCCCAGACCAGCAAUCAGCCUUGUGAAGCAACUGACUACUUCGCCAAAGCCCAGGUAGACUCAUUCCCUGAUGAGCUCAAGUCCAACCGGCCACUUCCAUCUGACAGUCGCUUAGGUGCUCUGUCUCCUGAAUAUGAUGAAGUUACUGGUCUUCUCAGGGUUGGCGGUCGUCUUCGCCGAGCUGAGAUCUUGGAGAUUGAUACUAUCCACCCGAUAGUCUUGGAUCCGCACCACUGCCUAACGAAACUGAUCAUCUAACACUAUGACAGUGCUCUUCUGCACCCUGGACCACAGCGGGUACUUGCUGAACUGCGACGGAAGAUCUGGGUUCUGCGGGGAAGAGAUAAGCAAGCAUCAACACUCCUGUCAAGAAUGUCAGCUGUAGCAAGCUAAGCCUGACGUGCCCAAGAGGGCCGACCUCCCAUCUUCUCGCUUACGUCUGUACAAGCCCCCAUUCUACUCCACAGGAGUAGACUGCUUCGGGCCGUUCCAUAUCAAGAUUGGGAGCUGAAAUGAGAAGAGAUGGGGGAUCUUGUAUAAGUGCAUGACAACCCGCUGCCUGCAUCUUGACCUCCUUGAAAGCUUGGACUCUGAUGCCUUCUUGAUGUCACUCCGAUGCUUUAUUUCACACCGUGACACACCCUUUGCCCUUCUCUGUGACAAUGGCACAAACUUUGUUGGAGGAGAUUGAGAGCUGCAGGAUGCCUUUGCUGCAAUGACACCACAACUGAAGGAGCAGUUGGCCAAGCAAAGGAUCACUUUCCGCUUCAAUCCACCAGUGGCUCCUCACUUUGGGGGAACUUGGGAGAGGGAAGUAAAAUCCAUCAAGACCGCUCUAAAGGUCAUUCUCAAGGAUCAGACAGUGUCUGAGACUGUUCUCCGUACAGUCCUCAUUGAAGUUGAGGGCAUCAUGAAGGCAAAACCACUUGGUUACCUCUCCUCAAAUGUGGCAGAUCCCCUUACUCCCAAUAUACUCACAAUGGGACGCCGGGACUCAUCCCUACCACAAACGGUCUACGAUUCUACUGACCUAAUUGGCACCUGUCGCUGGAAACACAGCCAGGUGUUGGCUGAUCACUUUUGGGCCACCUUCAUAUGCCACUACUUACCAGGUUUGCAAGAAAGGCAGAAGUGGAGAAAGGAUGGAAAAGAGCUGUCAGUCGGUCAGGUGGUUCUCAUCGUAGACCCGCAGCUUCCUUGGGCACUUUGGCCAGUGGGGAGGGUCAUACAGAUGUAUCCUGGGGCUGACCAUCGUAUCCGUACUGUGGCUGUGCAGGUGAAGGACAGAACAUACCUGUGGCCUGUGUCCAGACUGGUGCAGCUCCCAAGCCUUCCAGAUACAGAGGACUCUUAAUAACCUUUCCUAUGUUCAAAAGGUCUAAGAAGACUUUUGGGGCUGGCUGUGUAUGAAAGCCUUGUUAAUAUUAAGCUCUGUUCCUUCUAAGUUCUGUUGCUGCUGGUCCUUUAAGAGAGGCGGAGUUUCACCUGAGGUUUUUUCUGCUGCCUGUGCAUGUGCAGCCUGCAUGAUCAGGGUGUGGCAUGAGGAGCAGUUACAGAGCUGUGUGUUUCUCUCCUCUUGCUGAAAACAUGUGUAAAUGAGAAAUGUAAGUAACAGCUGAUUUGUUAUCACCAACAUGUAUGCAUCCUGGAGAUCAUUGUUUGUUUAUCCAGAUAUUUCUUGGUUUGUUAAAUGUCAGUUAACUGAAUCGGUUGUUGAUUUAUUUGCACUCCUGAUUUCCGUUGCUGUUGGUAUGCACUGAAGAGAUUUAUAUUCUGAUUUAUUUUUACCUCCUGUUAAUGAGGUUUGUUCAUUAUUAUUGUUGAUGGUUAUUGUUCGUCAGAUGAUUGACAUGCUAAGUUAGCACCCUGUAACAUGCUGUGUGUUAAUAUCUGUAUCAUUUUACUGAUAUACUGUGUGUUCACAGAACCACGGUC